CAACGCGGCGGCGAUGUCCGCGAGCCAGGCGAGUGCCGGGAAGGCAGCGGUGGGGCCUCGCGCGCGGCAGGGCGGCCUGAGCUGCGGCCUCCCUCCAGUUCCCGGGAAGCAGGCUGGCGGCAAGCGCGGGAGCAGCAGCAGCAGAGGCGGAGGCUCUGGCGCGUCUUUCUCCUCCGCCUCAGCCUGAGCCUGGAGCGGACAGGAGGCCCGGGUGGCUGGAGGGGGUUCCGCUGCCCGAGAAUGGGAAUUCUCUUCACCAGGAUAUGGAGACUGUUCAAUCACCAGGAGCACAAAGUUAUCAUUGUUGGGCUGGAUAAUGCAGGGAAAACUACCAUCCUUUACCAAUUUUCUAUGAAUGAAGUUGUACAUACAUCCCCUACAAUUGGAAGUAAUGUAGAAGAGAUAGUAGUUAAUAAUACACGUUUCCUAAUGUGGGAUAUUGGUGGCCAAGAAUCUCUUCGUUCUUCCUGGAACACUUACUAUACUAACACUGAGUUUGUAAUAGUUGUUGUGGACAGUACAGACAGAGAAAGGAUUUCUGUAACUAGAGAAGAACUCUAUAAAAUGUUAGCACAUGAGGACCUAAGGAAAGCUGGACUGCUGAUUUUUGCUAAUAAACAAGAUGUUAAAGAGUGCAUGACUGUAGCAGAAAUCUCCCAGUUUUUAAAACUCACGUCUAUUAAAGAUCAUCAGUGGCAUAUCCAGGCCUGCUGUGCUCUUACUGGCGAAGGAUUGUGCCAAGGACUUGAGUGGAUGAUGUCACGACUUAAGAUUAGAUGAUUUCUACUGACCUCUUCUCAUAGACUUUGUAUAAAUGGAGUGCUGGACUUUACCAGAAAGCUGCAAAAAUUAAUGGUUUAGAUAUAUUUAUAAUAAACUGAUUUAAACUUUUUCUAUAAGAAGAAAAAUUAAGACCACUUAUUUGAAAA